UCACUCGCAAGCAAUCGUAAACCACUCUUAAACAAAUCGUAGACAUUCGCAGACAAUCGUAUCGAUUCGUAAAACUAUUUGGAAAUUUUUGGACAUGCCAAAAAUUUUACACGAAUGUCCACGAAUCAUUUCAUUCGUAAAGAGCUCGCAAAUCACUCGCAACAAUUCGUUAAUGCAUCGUUAACCGAUCGCAACAACUCGUAAAUCAUUCGCAAGAAAUCGUGAACAGUUUGAUUUAAGAAUGUUUAACGAUUCAUUUACGAAUAGUUGCGAGCAGUUUACGAUCGCUUUGCGAUGGAUUAACGAAUUGAUACGAAUUCACGCGAGUGCUUUACGAAUAUAUCCGAUUGCUUUACGAAUGUAUACGAAUACUUUGCGACUGCUUUGCGAGUGCUUUGCGAAUGUUUUACAAAUAGGAAUAUUUAACAAAUGAUUUGACGAUAAAAUUGGGGUUUUGUUUUUAUUCUAAUAGUUCGUUUCAGUUGUUAUAAAAUCGUGGAAGAAGGAAGUCGCAUUUUACUAUUGAAUCAUGGCUCCAAAGAGAAGACCUGCUGCAAGGAAAAGGAAGACAAAUCCUGCUUCACCUAGAUCCCCUACACCACCACCACCAUCGCCCGAAACACCAAACCCCGCCGAAUUACCACCACCAGAGGCAAACCCACCAACCGUUGGUAUCGAAUAUCCUGAGCAGCAACUUUCAGAUACUGACAAUGUUGAUACAGCCGGCUCAAACUUUGCCUCAGAUGAGGACGAUUUGAUAGCCACUGCCACAACCAGUGCAGCAACUCGCAAGAAGAAUAAACCCAAAACUAAAAGUGCGAGAAUACUGACGAUCGAAGAGGAAGACGAAGUAAUUGAGUGGUUAAAGUCAAAUCGUUUUCUAUACGACAAGACAAGUAUUGAUUUCAAAAAUCGCGAUAAAAAAGAGCGAACAUGGCAUGAAAUGGAACAGAGGAUGAAGUUGAAUCCCGGUGAUCUUCAAAGAUGGUAUACGUCCUUAAGAACCACGUAUGUGAAAGAAGUAAAGAAAAGAGAAAACACCACACGAUCCGGAGCCGGUGUCGGAGAUGGUUUGCUAACAUCUAGAACUAGCUGGUUGUUGGAGAAAUUCGAGUUUGUAAAACCCUUUGUCUGUCAGGCAAGAGGAACCAAGGGGUCACAGAUCAAGAAACCUGACCGGUACUCAGACUGCAGUGAGUCAUCAGUUCCAUCAAUAACGACCAUGGAAAGUACACCACAGUCAGUGACAACACCGUCAACUACAACAAAGAUAUCUGACUGCCUAGAAAAAGUUUCUCAGCAGUUAGCAGUCCCAAAGAGUGACAUAGAGAAGACCUGCGUUUUCCUUAGUACGCUAAUGGCAAAGAUGACCCCUUCCUGUCUGGAGGAUUUUACGAAUGAAACUAUCUUCAAGGCAAUGGAGUAUGUUAAACAGUCUAAACAGGAACAGCGUCAAACACAACAACCGCCAAGGGAUGAUUUUAUACAGCCAUCCCAGCUUUCAUCUACAUUCACAGACCCUUCCCAGCAAGUAAAUCGCCAAACAUUACCUCAAUUUACCCAAUUACAACCUCAACAGCAAACUGCAGUAGGAAAUAACAGGCCUUCAAUUAGACCGACAACAUCAUCCAUGUCGUUCAGGCAUCGUCAGCCGCAACAAAUGUCUACUGAUCGCGACUAUAUCAUUGCACGCAACUUAGCAGCUUCGAAUCCGCCAGCUGACGUCCUUCAACAAUAUGGUCGAUACCAAUGGGCAGAACUGCAACCGACUAACUUGCAACCUAUCUUAAUGGGUCAACAGCAACAGACAGUAUACUCAACUCACACUACAAGUCAGACACCAAGUGCUAUUGAAUCAACUGCGACAGAUACAACAUCAGUACUGACGGAUGCUUAUGAGACAAUAAACCCAGAAACACCUUUCAUAUAG